CCCUCCUAGUAAUCACUUCCUCUAAUGCUGCUUCUGAGUUUAGCAAGUGGAAGUGGCUCAUAAGCAGAUGAUGCUGUUAUAUAGUACAAGGUGCUAAUGAGUUGGGAAUCAUUUUAAUUUUGGAUAUUUAAGUGAAUGAUUGAUCUGUGACACUUUAAAGGAUCGACAAUGGCAACCUUUAAAAUAGGGAUAGAUGACAGGACGGAUGAAGAGAGGAAAAUGGACAAAGAAAUGGAAAAAGGAGCUUCAGAUUUACCAAUGGACACUUUCUUUCAAGAGGAUCAUGCUAAUGUCAAGCCUGAAGUCAAAAUCAACCUGUCCAAUGUUAAAAAACUGGUAAAGAGGAGUGAUGUACAAAGUCAGGAUAAGAGGUUUGACCCAAAGACGCUUUUGGAUGCAGUGGUCAGCGGUGACGUCACUAGGCUGCAAGGCCUGGAGGAGUAUCUGAAUAAAAAUUACAUUACACUGAUGAGCGAAUGUUAUAAGUCUGAUGAGAAGACAGUCCUGAUGAAAGCUCUGCUAAACCUGAAAGAUGGAAAUACAGAAACAGUAGAGUACUUGCUCAGCAUUGCAGAGAAAACUAAUGAUCUUGAUAAGUUAGUGAAUGCAGAACGCACGCAUUCCUCCUAUAAAGGACAGACAGCUCUUCAUAUCGCCAUUGAGAGGAGAAACAAACGCUGUGCUGAGCUGCUCAUUCAGAAAGGGGCAGAUGUCCAUGCAAAGGCCUGUGGGACGUUCUUCCAGCCACUUAGUGAAACAUGCUUCUACUUUGGGGAGCUUCCGCUUUCUCUGGCAGCAUGUACUAAUCAGAAAGAUAUAGUAGAUCUGCUGAUGGAAAAAGCAGACGUGAGGCUUAAAGACACUCUGGGCAACACGGUUCUCCAUGCUCUUGUAAUGGUGGCUGACAACAGCCCUGUAAAUACAGACUUCAUCAUUUCCAUGUACGACUACAUUCUUACCAAAGAUGCUGCUAAGAACCCCGAAAAGGAGAGGCUGGAGGACAUUGAGAACAAUCAGGGACUUACAUCCAUUAAGCUGGCUGCGAAGUUAGGAAAGAUUGGGCUGCUUGAACACAUUCUGCAUCGUGAGUUCCAGCAAGAAGAGUGCAGGCGUCUGUCUCGAAGGUUUACAGAGUGGGCAUAUGGCCCAGUAUCUGGUUCAGUGUACGACCUGGACUCUAUCGACACGUACAAGCCAAACUCUGUCCUAGAGAUUGUUGUGUAUGGUUCAGAAAUACCUAAUCGUCUAGAGAUGCUCCAGAUUGAGCCACUUAAUAAAUUGCUGGAAGACAAAUGGAAGCGUUUUGCUAAAUGGAUGUUCCUCAUCCAGUUUAUGAUGUAUUUAUUUUACCUCAUCAUCUUCACAGCUGUUUGUUAUCACCGUGAAGAGGGAACACCCCCAUUUCCAAUUAAGAAAAACCUUAAAGGCUACCUCAUGCUUGCUGGUUAUAUCAUCAUGGCAUUCGGAUCACUCUACUUUCUAAUUGUUGUGAUGCUGGGUUUAAAGAAAAAGCGUCCAAGUCUGCAAGCAAUGCUGGUAGAUGGCUAUUCUGACCUGCUUUUUUUAUUUCAGGCUGGCUUGUUUGUUACCUGUAUGGUGCUGUAUUUCUGUGGGAGACAGCAGUAUCUAGCCUUCCUGGUGCUCAGUUUGGCUAUGUCCUGGAUUAAUCUGCUCUACUUCUCCAGAGGAAGUCAAAACAUGGGCAUCUACAACAUCAUGAUUCAGAAGAUAUUCCUUGGUGACCUCCUGCGCUUCCUUUUCGUCUAUGUUGUUUUCCUCGUUGGGUUUUCAGCAGCUUUAGUGACUCUACUCAACGAACCCACGGAAGGAUGGCCUUCGGUCAGAAACAAUACUAAUGUGACAAUAGACUGCAAAAAACCAUACUUUAAAACCAUUUCAUGCACCUUUCUGGAGCUGUUUAAGUUUACUAUAGGCAUAGGCGACCUGGAGUUCACAGAGGAUUAUGAGUUUGGCCAUGUGUUUUAUGUGCUGCUCAUAUCCUACAUUGUGCUCACGUACAUACUGCUGCUGAAUAUGUUGAUUGCUCUGAUGAGUAAGAAUGUUGACGACAUGUUUGAGAAGAGCACCAGCAUCUGGAAACUGCAGCGUGCCAUCACCAUCUUGGAUCUGGAGAGAUAUGCAUUCGGUCUGAAGAAGAAGUUACGCUCAGGGGUGAAGAGGAAAAUGGACAACACAGACCGCUGGUUUCUCAGAGUGGAAGAAGUCAACUGGAAAGAUUUCCAAAGCAACCUGGGCAUUGUCAGUGAGGAUCCUGGAAAAUGCAACACACCAAUGCCACCUGAAUCUUAUAGAGAGCCCAGUCAACAGAGACUUGAAGUCCCAGCAGAGGAAGAAGCACUCCUGGCUUCCGUCUCAGUGUAAUGGAACUGGAAAAAUAAAUAUUAAAAAAUAUGUCAGUGCCAGAAUUAGCAUUAUACACAACACAACCCAGAAUAAAGUGCGGCUUACAAACAUGGCCACCAAGGACUACACCACCCAGAUUCUUGCAUGAUCGUACUGACCAGACUACUGAAGACACAAACCUCAAUGCACUUAAUCACCUUCACAGCGCAUUGCCACACUUUAUGGCUCUGAACACACAUGCAUUUUUAAGUAUACUCUGUCUUUUUGUGGCAGUUUACUAAGCUUUUGGAAUUACUGUUUUUCUGGCUUGAACUUGUUAACUUUCCUGGGGUUUUUUUGGCAUCGCUUGACUAUUUUCUCAGAAUGUUUUCUGACUGUUUUUGGAUUACGUCUUUGUCUCAUUUGCCUGGAAGCCCAUUGUAUUACUGUACCGGCAUCCAAACCUAUUCCUGACAAAUAUAUCUGACCACUGCUCCAAACUGCACAUGUUCAGUUGCUUAAAAAUAAAUAAACAAAUACUUUUUUAAGCA